AUGACCGACUACGACCAAGUCGACAAGCUCUGGGCCAAGAGAUAUAUUCUGGACCCUCUGACUGCUCCGGAACCCUCGCAAGAGACCGGCCCAGGCUCCUCGCACUACAACGUCCACCUCCGUGCCUCCCGGCCCAUAUCCAUUGCGUCGCGGCCCACGCCUCACCCCAAGACGGCGCUGCCGGCCUCUCCGCCUUCGCCGCCCCGCCGUGCCGACUCCAAGAGAGCAAGCCACCACCACACCUCCAUCAGGCGUGCGCCCAGCGUCGGUAGUGACGACGACGCCCAGGAUCCGUUUGCGGACAAAGGCGCCUCUGCCAACUUCUUCAACAACCCCACGCCGCCCGAGUCUGCUGGCUUUUAUAAGUCCACGUCGCCAUCCACGCCGCCUGCCCAGUACCACCCCUCCAACCCGUACUCGGCCCGCCGCUCCCGUCGCACCUCCAACCUCGACACCCAUCACGAGGAAGCACACUCGCACAACACCGGCCUCGUCUCGCCCCCGCAGUCCCCCGAGUCGGCUGUAUCUGACAGCGCCGCCGCCGCCGCCGCCGCCACCGCGCGGCCGUCUCCCUUUCCUUCCACGGCAGCCUACCACAGCGGCCGUCUCCCCGUCCGCUCCGCCAGCGCCCGUGCCCCAGGCGUCAGCCACAACCCGGACCACGCCCGCAGCCGCAGCGACGGCCACUACCAUCACCAGCAGCAGCCGCCGCGCUCUUACCGUCCGCCUGGCGCUCUCAUCCAGCGCUUCCCCGGCGACAUGACGCACCGCCCUCUCGACAUGAUCCGGCGCGAGACCCGCGCCGCCGACCGCCGGCACCGCAAGCGCUUCUCCGAGGCCGACACCAUCGACCUGCUCGACAACGUCGGCCCGACUUACCACCACGAUGGGCCCUACGACGCCACCCUCGCCAGCCGCAACAUGAACAAGAUGUACUCGCCCGUCGAGGCCGUCAAGGACUCCAACAUGGCUGCCCUGCGCGCCACCCCCGACGAGUUCAUCCAGGACUCGCUCGUCCACCACCGCCCGCUCCAGGGCACCGGCACCAUCCCCAGCGGCGGCGUCGACGCCCGCGGCAACCGCCUCAGCUACGAGGAGGGCGCCGACCUCAUGCGCGAGCCCGACGCCCCCGGCGGCGCCUACAGGCGCUACCCCGACGUCCGCUACCACCCCGACGACCUCAAGGGCAAGGGCGAGCCCUCGUACACCAUCGAGCGCGACCUGAAAAAGGACAAGGGCCUCGCCGCCGCCGAGAACUCGUUUGAGAUGGAGAGCAACCCGCUCAUGGCCAAGAGCCUGCGCCGCAAGAGCGUCCCCGUCGGCUUCUCGUCUGGCUCCAAUGCGGGCGCCGAGGGUGGCGAGCAGGAAAGCCUCGGCCGUCAGAACUCGACUGGUCAUCGCAUCAGCGAGGGCCUGAAGCGUCGCUUUGGCAGUCUGCGCCGCAAGAAGAGCCCCAGCCCGGACCAGGAGUAA